CGGGCUUCCUGAGUGAGCAAGUUUCCCCCCUGCAAGCACCAGCACCAGCAACGGGAAGAGCGAAGAGGCUCGACGGCCCUCGUCUCGACUUGGUGCUUGUUCCAAACCUGCUCAUUCUUGUGCCUGCGCAGGCCUCGAGGGUGGUGUCGCUGCCGUUGAAACAAAAACACAUGGCCCAUCCAUAUACUUAUUGGCCUUCCCCUCCCCAUCCAAGACACGCCUUCACUUCUUGUCAGCACUCUGGAAGUCAACCCUAGUUCAAUAAUACCUGCCGGUCCAGCCCAACACCCCCACGCCGUCCAUCAUCAUCACCACCACCAACGUCCAGCUGUACUUCACACGCACGGCGCAGUAACAGACCGAACCCGACACAAUGGCCAUCUUCCCCAGACACGGCGACGAGGUAGAAGCCGCAGCCUCCAUGGCGGGCAUGGCGGGCAUGGAGGGCAUGGACAUGGACGGCGGCUCCUCGAUGAUGGCCACCAUGAUGGUCGCCUUCCACAACGAUAUCGCCACCACGCUGUACUCGGAGAUGUGGACCCCCACCAACGCCGGCACCUACGCCGCGACAUGCAUCUUCCUCAUCAUGCUGGCUGCCAUCUUCCGCUCUCUGUUUGCCCUCAAGGCCAUCCAGGAGAACCGCUGGCUGGACCAGGAGCUCAACCGCCGCUACGUCGUCGUCAAUGGCCGCCGCACCCUGCCCGACGACCUCGCCCGCAACAGCCUCAAGGACAACAUGAUGCUCUCCGCCAACGGCGUCGAGGAGGAGGUCAUGGUUGUCAAGAAGAAGCACGGCCACGCCCGCCCCUGGAGGUUCUCCGUCGACCCCAUCAGGGCCGUUAUUGAUACUGUCAUCGCCGGUGUCGGGUACCUGCUCAUGUUGGCCGUAAUGACCAUGAAUCUUGGCUACUUCCUCUCCGUCCUCGGUGGCACGUUCCUCGGAAGCCUUGCUGCCGGGCGCUAUGCGGUCAUGGCGGAGCACUGAGCGAAUCCACCGCUGGGUAGGGGAUGACACACAGACACAACACGUCAGUCACAUUGUACAAUGCACGACGGCCAGACUACGACAGCUGUCACAACGGAUAUAGGGCACUCGACGGCCGAAUGGCUCGAGGAAUCACCCGUCUCGACUCGGCGGCGAUGUUCUAGUGCAGGCUAGUUUGCCGUCUAAUGUUAGGCAGGAAAUAUGAUUUUGAGUUUUUGAGGCCACCUCAACCUCGUGGUA